AUGUUGACGACAACUAUGGAGGCGCAGACGAACUCGUUGAGCCAAUACAAGUUGCUCUCGACACAAAAAAUAUUUGUGCUGCAGGAUGUUUCCCGAUUGCAAAGUGGGCAAAGAUCUGUCUGGAUAGAAGGUGGUCGAGUUCUAGUCAGAUCACACAUUCUUUGCUGCGUCGUGUGCACGAGACAUAGAAGUAUUCGAGCACAGCAAUUAAUGGGACAGUUGCCAUCCGCUGGAGUAAAACCAUCUAAAGCUUUCGUAUACACUGGAAUAGACUACGCUGCGCCAGUAACACUCAAGACUUUUCAAGGUCGAGGUGCCAAAACCUCUAAAGGAUGGAUCGCAGUUUUCGUAUGUCUCGCUACGUCCGCUAUACAUAUCGAAAUUGUCACCAAUUACUCUACUACCUUUGUUGCAGCAUUUAGAAGAUUUACUAGUCGUAGAGGCGCCUGCAGUACCCUAUAUUCAGACUGUGGUACAAAUUUUGUAGGAGCAGACACCACGCUAAAGGAAGAAUUCGCAGCAGGAUCGAUACAGCUAAGAGAACUUCAGUAUUUACUCACUACAGAUGGCACAGGCUGGAAGUUCAACCCACUAAGCGCUCCCCGCUUCGGUGGCAAACGGGAAGCAGCCGUCAAGUCAAUCAAGUUCCAUCUUAUACGAACUAGUGGUGAAUAG